UUGCUACAGUCGCGACUUCGUCUGACGCGCUCUGCGCUGCCUCCAACUCGUGCUCACAGACACGACCGCUUGCUGAGGAGUUUCAGCGUGUCCUUUUCUAAAGUUGAGGCUUCGUCUUUGGGCAACUCACCGUCGGGCUCUAAGCGAUUCCGCCAGCACGUGAACCCACUCUCUAUGACCUACCGCCAACCCGUGGAGCUGCCCGAGUGGACGCAAUGCUUCGCAGACACUUUAUUGCCCAUACACCUGGACAUUGGCUGUGCUCGGGGUAAAUAUUUGAUGGAUGUGGCGGAGUCUCAAGCAUCCGAGCGGAAUUUCGUCGGCGUCGAGAUACGUCGCAAUGUGCUACGAGAAGCAGAGCGAGAGUCUAAGCAGCGAGGACUCCGCAAUUUGGCCUUCGUGCAUGGCAACAUGAACUUCCACCAGACAACGUUGCUGCAAUCUCUACCUGGUCCUGUUACAAGCGUGUCUAUCUUCCAUCCGGAUCCGUGGAUGAAGAAGCGCCAUAUCAAGCGGCGACUAGUGACGGAGGAGUUUGUGAAAGAGAUGGCCACACAUUUGCCAAAUGGCACGCCGAUCUACGUGCAGACGGACGUCGAGGAACUAUUCGAGUACAUGGUGGAGGUUUUCGAGAUGUCGAGAUUUUACAGCUUUGAUACCUUGUCUAUGAACCCGCUAGGAAUCCCCACAGAUAGAGAGAAAUUUGUCUGUAACGAAGGGGGAGACAUCUACCGAGUCAAGUUCAUCGUGGACAAAUUAGAAGAUGGAAAGGAUUCCUGA